AUGUCUGAUUUACAUGGCCAGUCAACGUCCGGGGGCUUUGUGAUUUAUCGGUGCACGGACCAAAACGACUCUGACUGGGAGAAAUUCAUUGCGCGCUUCCUCCGUCCCGUUCCGAAAAUUCUCGAGUGUUACAAUGGUCUAGACCUCGACAAAUUUGCUCCAACGGUCUUUGAAGACCGCUCAUCUGAGGGCGCGACAGUUGCCAUUCUCCGCGACCACUUCAAUCAGUGUGCGACGACUGCACUGCAAGAUGAACAUGGUCCGGAGGAGCUGGAUGAGGAUGAACGCACUGGAGCCGAGCUAGAGGAGGAUCCAUUGGAGGGAUGUACCGAACAUGAUGUGGGUUGGAUGAAUGUGCGUUACCGUGAUAGAGAUAUC